UUUCUUAUAUUAUUAUUUAAUGUUAACAAUAUAGAACUGUAAUUAAAUUCUUAUGAUUAUAUGUUAUUAAUAAAAAUGAGACUAUACAAAUUUUCUAAAUAUAAAAAGAAAAAUACUAUGAGGUUGUUAUUGGUAAGUGGUUAACCACCAAACUAACCGAUAAGACUUUCGGUUCGAUUUUCGGCAUGCACUUUUUACUUUUUACUUAGUAGUGAACUCCUAACCACUAAAUCGCUUACGGAUUAACCGAAACCUAACCAAUUAGCACACCUACUAAAUAGUCUUAACCAACUAUUAACAGCCAACUUUCUAUUAACUAUGUAAACUCCUUGAAGCCAAUAAAAUGACUUAAGCUACUUCUAGUUUUCAGGAUUAACUUUGUCAUGCUUUCUUUUUUAUACAACAGGUUAGCGAAGCUCGGGGGAGAAAACUUGCGACUAGAUGCCAUGAGAAUGUUGGACGGCGGGGAACAGCUACUGGAAAGCAUCUUAAACGUGGAUAUGAAUGGGGUGACGGGUCGGGUCAAGUUCCUUCCGCCGGAUGACACCCUAAUCCACCCCGCAUACGAAGUCAUCAAUGUGAUCGGGACAGGACAUCAGAGGAUCGGGUACUGGUCGAACCAAUCGGGUCUCUCGAUCGACCCGCCGGAAACGCUCUACCGGAAGCCGGGCAACCAAUCCAGCUCGGACCAGCAUCUGGGCCCGGUUAUCUGGCCCGGGAAGACGACCCAGAAGCCUCGGGGUUGGGUGUUCCCAAACAACGGGAGACAUUUGGCGAUCGGGGUGCCAAACCGGGUCAGCUACCGGGAAUUCAUCGGUCAAGUGCCCGGGACCGAUACGUAUUCCGGGUACUGCAUCGACGUUUUCACGGCCGCCGUCAGCCAAUUGCCGUACGCCGUGCCGUACAAGCUGGUCCCGUUCGGUGACGGGGUCGACAACCCUAGUUUGACGGAGCUCGUCCGCCUGAUGUCGGCGGGGGUUUAUGACGGCAUCGUCGGCGACGUUGCCAUCAUCACGAACCGGACCAAGAUGGCCGACUUCACGCAGCCGUACAUCGAGUCUGGGCUCGUGGUGGUGGCGCCGGUGAUGACGAGGAGCUCCAAUGCAUGGGCGUUUAUGCGACCUUUCUCCCCGGGGAUGUGGGCCGUCACGGGUAUCUUCUUCCUCGUCGUCGGGGCGGUGAUUUGGAUCUUGGAGCACCGGCUGAACGACGACUUCAGGGGCCCGCCGAGAAGACAAGUCGUCACCAUUUUAUGGUUCAGCUUUUCAACAUUGUUCUUCGCUCACAGAGAGAACACUGUGAGCACCCUGGGCAGAGUCGUCCUAAUCAUAUGGCUGUUCGUUGUGCUGAUAAUCAACUCGAGCUACACGGCCAGCCUGACCUCAAUCUUAACAGUGCAGCAGCUUUCUUCGCCCAUCAAAGGAAUCGAGACCCUGAGAACCAGCAACGACCCCAUUGGUUACCAACAAGGCUCAUUCGCCCGGAACUACUUGGUUGAAGAACUUGGCUUCCACGAAUCCAGGAUGGUCCCGCUCAAGGGCCCCGAGGAAUGCGAAAGGGCCCUGAAAGCUGGCCCUCACAAAGGCGGCGUUGCUGCUGUUGUUGACGAACAGUCGUAUCUCGAAUUGUUCCUUUCGACACGGUGUGACUUUAGCAUCGUAGGUCCAGAGUUCACCAGGAACGGCUGGGGAUUCGCCUUCCCCAAGGACUCUCCGCUGGCAGUCGACUUGUCGACCGCCAUUCUCAAGCUGUCCGAGAACGGGGAUCUGCAGAGGAUCCACGACAAAUGGCUGAUGAGCAGCGCGUGCAGCUCGCAAACCACGACCUUUCAAGUGGACAGGCUGCACCUCUCAAGCUUCUGGGGACUCUUCCUCAUCUGUGGAUUGGCUUGCCUGCUAGCGCUCUUUCUGUAUUUCCUCAAAAUUGUCCGAAAGUUUAGCCGCCACCAGCAGGCUGACGUGUCCCACGCUGCUGCUGCUUCUUCCUCCUCCGCUGCGCUCUCCCUGUCUUCUGCAUCUGUUCGUCUUCAGACUUUCUUAUCUUUCGUUGACGAGAAAGAGGAGGAAGUUGUAAGCCGGUCCAGGAGGCAGUCGCUUGAUAGAGCAUCCAAUAGAAACGACUGUGAAGCUGUCGAUGGGGAGACUCAGGAUUCCAAGUCAGGAAGACGCGUUGAAUUCUCGACAAACAAGGACAUUGCUAAUGAGAACGGAAUCUAAGGCACCUUCUUCAUUCCAGUACACAUCUUAUACAAUUUAACUCUGAGGCAGGGACAAUGUACAAGGUAGCAUCAGGCUCAAGGAAAUAACAUCAGAUGAAGUUGCAUUCAACAUAAUUGCAGUAUGGUUAUAAGUCUUACAGAUCCUAUUUACAUCGCCUGUACUAUUAUCACUUGCUGCCUCCAGCCUCCAGGCGCCAUGCCCAGCUACACAGUGCCUCCGAAUCCAAAUCAGGCCAUGUCAAAGUACUUGUGAAAGCAUUCAUUGCUUGUUCGAAUUGUUUACUAAGAAUCUAGUGACAGUACCUGGUAACAUUUGCCCCUUAAUGUUCACUCCUUGUUCAAUAGAUUGAUAAAUGAUCAGAGUUCGUCGGAGAACUUCGAUGCAGAAGACAGGAGGUGAAUCAAAGAGGUUGUAUAGGAGAUUGGAUUGCAUCAAAGUACAAAGUUAUAAAAAAAGAAAGUUUCCGCUGCCGGGAGUUGAACCCGGGAUCCCCUUUUGGAAAUCGCCAAGCUUGACAACCCGGAAUUAAUUCAUGGGUUAUUAAUGCUACAGCGGAUUGUUGAUGCAUUCAUUGAAUUUAUUAUAUUUAUAAGCAACAGAAAAUUAGUCAGCUCACAUUCGUGCCGCUUCCACCCUUCUAGUACUAGUAGGCGCCUUUUCUUGGUUGGACCUCGUAUGAAAUGUAGGGCGUACAUGACCCGGCCCAUACACUAUGUUUUCGGAAAUAUGAAAUCCAAACUCACCAAAAAAUUAGAAUCCUACGAUUUGUUUCUAAUUGGUUGGGUCGAGUUGAUAAUAUUUAUAAGUAAAAAUCCAACCCAAUAUAAAAAAAAUGUAAUUAUUCAACACCAUAAAAAUAUUAUAUAACUAAUUAAAAUUCCAAAUGAAUAAUUCGAAGUGAAAGGUGUCAAAAUGUACAAAUGUUGUUUGAAUUUUAAUAAAAUGUGAUUUGCUUCAACAUUUGUCUAAUUUUUUUCACGACAUUUAUCGAAAUAUGCUAAAGAGGUCCUACCAAAAAAAAAUGCUAAAGAGGUUAUAAAUGAACACAUCCAUAAUAUGUUAUUCUAUUAAAGUUGUAGUUAUAUUAAUUCUACGUCUACACUUUAAGCCAAAAAAUGCAUUAGAUUGGGAAGACAAUGAGAGGAAAACGUGGCAAAGUAUCUUAAUUUUCUCAUAAAUAAACAUAUAUACGACAUAAAUAUUUUUUAUAUGAACUCAUACCAAUAGUUGGAACACGGGUUUGGUCGAGUUUUACGGGUUGUGUAAUCCAAAAUCCACACACAACCCAAAAAAGCGGGUUGUACAAAAGAAAACCCUCAUUCAAUCCAAAACCUUAGUUUUAGCGAUUAAUACUGAUAGAUUAGAUCGGGUUGGACAAAUAGAUCGAUUUACAAGUGUGUUUGUUCACCCAAAUGAAAAUGUGUCCGAGAGGCGAGAGCAUUUGUUUGUCUCCCUCCCAGCAUGCGCCAUGGCUUUGGAAGAAACAAAAGCGGACAGACUGAUCCCUCUGCUUCCCCGCCAAGACCAACAAACAGUAGUACACAGUCAGUGCCGUAAAUCAAGCCCAAAGCAGCAGAAGAAGUUGAUGACUAAGCAAGGUUGUCAAACCGGUUUAUGCCAGUGUGUUGGUUUAGCAAGUGGAAUGAUUCAACCGGUGGCACAUACCGGUUUGUGCCGGUUCAUGCCGGUCAAUAUUACAAAUAAAAUUAUAAAUACUCAUAUUUAAACAUGACAUUUAACGUCAUUACCUAAACAUUUAUAUUUGAAUCCAACAAAUAGCAUCAAUAUUUAACUUUUAUACUCAUAAGAUAAUAAUAAAAUAAUUUUUAUCAA